UUACACCGAUAUUUAAUUUCGCCAGGGAAUAAAAUUGUUUUUAUUCCAAUUCGUUUUAGGUUUCUUACCUAUCUAGCAUAGAUAGCGAACUUGUGAAUAUUUAAUGAUAAGUUAGAUCGUUAAAUAUAUUCAAUUUCUAUUGUUUUACGUGUUGACAUCGUCAACUUUCGAUUUGGAACCAUGAAGACACGUUUCAAUACUUUUGAUAUAAUCUGCGGAGUGGCCGAGCUGCAAAAGUUGGUCGGGUGGCGAGUGAAUCAGAUCUAUGACGUUGAUAACAAAACUUAUCUCUUCCGGAUGCAGGGGACCGGUGCGGUUGAGAAAGUAACUCUGCUGUUAGAAUCCGGUACUCGAUUCCAUACCACCCGGUUCGAAUGGCCAAAGAAUAUGGCCCCGUCUGGAUUCAGCAUGAAGCUAAGGAAGCACUUGAAGAACAAGCGUCUGGAGAAGGUCCAGCAAUUGGGUACCGAUCGUAUUGUGGACUUCCAGUUUGGUACCGGCGAUGCCGCCUACCAUGUUAUUUUGGAGCUCUACGAUCGCGGUAACGUGAUUCUAACCGACUACGAGUUGACCACGUUGUAUAUUCUGCGUCCGCAUACGGAGGGCGAGAAUCUGCGUUUCGCCAUGCGCGAAAAAUAUCCAGUGGAAAGAGCUAAACAGGCAACGGAGGCCUUGCAGCCGGAAGCUUUAGAGAAAUUGUUAGAAAAUGCCAAGAACGGAGACUAUUUGCGUCAGAUUCUAACUCCUAACUUGGACUGCGGUCCGGCCGUUAUAGAGCAUAUUCUCGUAUCACACGGCUUGGAUAAUCACGUAAUAAAAAAGGAAGGAGGGGAAGAAACUCCGGAGGCAGAUGAAAAACAAGAGAAAGGUGGCAAGAAACAACGAAAAAAGCAGCAGGGUGCUAAACUGAACCAAAAGCCAUUUGAUAUGGUUAAUGACCUGCCAAUUCUUAAAGAUGCUGUAAAGUGCGCUCAAGAUCUUAUAACCGAGGGAAACAGUGGAAAAACCAAAGGAUACAUAAUUCAGGUGAAAGAAGAGAAGCCAGUCGAGAAUGGAAAAGUAGAAUUUUUCUUCAGAAACAUUGAAUUCCAUCCCUACCUUUUUGCCCAAUUCAAAGACUUUGAGAAAGCAACUUUCGAAACCUUUAUGGAAGCUGUCGAUGAAUUUUACUCGACACAAGAAUCGCAGAAGAUUGACAUGAAAACGCUCCAUCAAGAGCGUGAGGCUUUGAAAAAGCUGUCCAACGUUAAAAAUGACCACGCCAAGCGUCUAGAGGAGUUGACAAAGGUUCAGGACGUAGACAGGAAGAAGGCAGAGCUUAUAACGUCCAAUCAAAGUCUAGUGGAUAAUGCCAUUCGUGCAGUUCAGUCGGCUAUUGCUAGUCAAUUAUCUUGGCCAGAUAUCCAUGAGCUGGUGAAGGAGGCACAGGCAAAUGGCGAUGCGGUUGCCAGUUGUAUAAAGCAGCUAAAGCUAGAAACAAAUCACAUAUCCCUUAUGCUGAGUGAUCCUUAUGAUAAUUAUGACGAAGAUGAAGAAAAUACUAAAACUCCGGAGGUGACCGUUGUGGAUGUCGACUUAGCGCUCUCUGCUUGGGCCAAUGCCCGCCGUUAUUACGACAUGAAACGUUCGGCUGCUCAAAAGGAAAAGAAAACGGUGGAUGCUUCUCAGAAAGCUCUUAAGUCUGCAGAGCGCAAAACCCAACAAACUCUCAAGGAAGUAAGAACCAUUUCAAACAUAGUAAAGGCUAGGAAAGUCUUUUGGUUUGAAAAGUUUUACUGGUUUAUAAGCUCUGAGAAUUAUUUGGUUAUUGGAGGAAGAGAUGCGCAACAGAACGAGCUUAUAGUUAAAAGAUACAUGCGUCCAAAGGACAUUUACGUGCAUGCUGAGAUUCAAGGUGCUUCGAGUGUUAUUAUUCAAAAUCCCACAGGCGAAGAAAUACCUCCAAAAACGUUGCUGGAGGCGGGAUCUAUGGCUAUAUCAUACAGUGUGGCUUGGGAUGCUAAGGUAGUAACAAACUCGUAUUGGGUGACAAGCGAUCAAGUCAGUAAAACCGCACCCACGGGAGAGUACUUGGCAACUGGUAGUUUUAUGAUCAGAGGAAAGAAGAACUUCCUACCGUCCUGCCACCUUACCAUGGGCCUGAGUUUACUUUUCAAGUUGGAGGACAGUUUUAUAGAACGUCAUUUGGGCGAGCGUAAGGUUAGAAGCUUGGAUGAUGAUGCUAUAGAUCAAAAUGUUAAAGAACCCGAAGUUGAGCAUGACCUUUUGUCCGAUAGUGAAGAUACUGAAUCCACUCCCAAUGCAAAUGUAUCAGAACAGAGUUCCAAUACCGAAAUUAAUUCUUUUCCCAAUACGGAAGUAAAAAUUGAACACGAUACGGGUCGCAUAACAGUUCGAUCCGACUCCUUAAACCCAGAGAACGAGCCAACUGAUGACAAUGAAGAGGUUAUCGAAAAAACUUCUAGCAAGCCCGCAGAUGAGGAAACGACCAUUAUUCUGGCUGCUCCGAGUCGCAAAAAGCAAGUUAGUGCUAAAAAGACUAAAGAAGACAAAGCUCGAGCAAGGCAGGAAGCCGCCAAACAGGAUAUUGCUCCUGUAAAUACGGAGCCCAAGAAUCCAUCCCAGGUUAAGAGGGGUCAGAAGGGAAAAUUGAAGAAAAUUAAACAAAAAUACAAGGACCAAGAUGACGAGGAGCGGGAAAUUCGAAUGAUGAUUCUCAAGUCUUCUGGCAAGGAGAAACCACAGCCAAGUACUGAGAAAGAAGUGGAGAAGACUGAGACCACUAAAAAAUAUGUGAAACCAGAAAAAAGUGCAGAUCCUAAAAACCCAGUGGACUUGGAUGAUGCCGAUGAAGUGCCUGUCGGUGGGGAUGUGGACAUUCUCAACAGUUUAACUGGACAGCCGCACGAAGGAGAUGAGCUGCUCUUCGCGAUUCCAGUGGUGGCUCCAUAUCAGGCUUUACAGAAUUACAAAUUCAAAGUGAAGCUCACACCAGGAACUGGUAAAAGAGGAAAGGCUGCCAAAUUAGCUCUCAAUAUCUUUGCAAAGGAAAAAGGCUGCAAUACUCGCGAGAAGGAUUUACUGAAAAGUAUAAAGGAGGAAUCGCUGGCUAGAAAUAUUCCAGGAAAGGUUAAGCUGUCGGCCCCGCAACUUCAAAAGUUUCACAAAUAAAUAAAUAAAUCAAAAUGUAUACAAAAUUUUGAGCCAUAAUUAUAAGAAGUGUUUAAAAUGCUUUUAAAAGAAAUGCAAGUUUAUUAAAUAAAA